CUCAGUUAAAACUUUAUAAGCAACCGCACACACCGCACGGCGUUCGAAACACAUCUAUAAGCAGAAACAAUUUUUUUUUAUUAGUUUGAAAUAUCGCGAGCUUGUGGUAUGAACUCGUGCACGUUUUAUGCGAUAUGGAUCGGUUUUGUGAAUGUGUUUCUCGUUGAAAUGCCUAAAAAUUGUGUGUAAUCUUGCGAUUAGAAAAUUAUGAAGAAAAUGUGAAGAGAUUUGUGUUCAUCGAUAAAAUAGCCUAUGAUAUGCCGUACUUGUGGAUAAUAGCUACGUGUUAAUCAUAAUCGCUUCGGCAAGGGCUAACAGCGUUUACUUCUGUUUCAAAUUAAUAGUCACUAGAUCAUAUUAAAUGUUCAGUUCGGUUGCGGUGAGAUAUCAAUGAGAUGAAUAAAAUGAAAAACGAAGAAAUGAAAUUGGAUUUGUGUAUUUACAUCUGCAUGGGAUAGACUAAACAACAGACAUUUAAGUAAAAGAAAAAUCGUCCAACAAAAUACGAUUAGCUUGUGACGAAGUUUCGUUAAAAUAAAUGCAAAACUGAGCAUUACUUGCAUCAAAUAACCUUCCUCAAAUUAAGUGUGUUUAUAGAGUAAAUCGUUUACAGAUAGUUCUACUGUGACGUCAGCAACAGUUAAGCUGGUUAUGGUUUCUGGUUAAUAUUAUUUCACUUCUACUUAAAUAUACACAGAAUUGAUUUCCAUUUAGUCAACAAAUUAAGUGGUUUGUUGAAUGAUGUUACAUCAUCAUCAUCAUGUGUGUAUACGAGGAGACCAAGUUGUUUUAUUAGUUUUGGUCAAUUAAAUGUGUCUCAAAUCAAUUGAUUAUUAUGGAAAAGAACGGAAUUCUUGAAAUAGAAUUUUAGCCUGUGCAGUCUGUGCGGUCAGUAAAUCUUGAAAAAAUGGGAAAAUCAUCUAGUAAGCUUGGUAAACGACGGAGUCAAAGUGUUGCCUGGAGCUUCCGAUUUGCUACACUGAACAAACAAAAAAUGGCACCGAUAAUGGUCGCUCCACCGCAUCAUUUAGACAUAAAAGCUUGGCUUGUCGUCUUGGAUUUACAACAGUACGAAGAGAGCUUUUCAAAGUUUCUUGGAGUCGAAGAGCUUAUGUUCUACGAUGAAGCUGAUAUAAAACAGUUGGGUAUUCGAAAUUCUGCACAUCGAGCUCGAAUCGUUUCCAGUUUGGUUGCGUUACGUGAUAAACAUCAAAGAGGAGGUACUGGUACAAAUAAAUCUUCAAAAUCCCAACUGUCUCAACGACGAAAUCAGCGCUAUAGUUUGGCGGUGGUACCUGAGCAACGAAAAGAUGAACAGCCAAUAUAUGAGCGGUUAAACACAAGCAACUCCAAAACGAAGCAAAGUAAGAGUUUGGAUGAUUUAUGCGACAUGGACACACCGACGGAAAAUGGCCAAGAAGUGUUGGCGCUGAAGAAGGCGUUAGAGUGGGAAUUGUCCCUGGAUUCGAGAGAUCUGCGUUCGCACGCUUGGUACCACGGACCAAUACCGCGACAACGUGCCGAAGAAAUCGUACUGAAGGAGGGCGACUUUUUAAUCAGAGAUUGUGUAUCGCAGCCCGGCAACUAUGUGCUGACGUGCAAAAGCAAGGGACCUAUACUACAUUUUGUCAUCAAUAAGAUACUAAUUCAACCAGAAACGGUAUACGAACGAGUACAAUUUCAAUUUGAAGAUGAUGCAUACGACACCGUUCCCGAUUUAAUUACAUUUUAUGUUGGCUCCGGCAAAGCAAUAUCUGCCGCAUCUGGUGCACGGAUACAGUUUCCAUGCAAUCGCACUUAUCCUCUAUCAUUCUAUGCCACAAAAUAUGGAAGCCAAAAUCAAUUCACGAAUCAACGAAGUGCAGCAAGUCCACUACAUUCACCAUCGCUAUCAACUAGUGGAUUCAGAUUCACACCAUACAAUCAGCAAGGUAAUUAUAACUCAUAUCGCAGUCCUAUGUCAUCGCCACCAAGAACGAAACGAGAAACACCCCCACGAUUACCAUCGAAGAAGCACAGAUCACAAUCUUUAACACCAAAUCAGGGUCAGGGAUCGAUUCGCGGCUCUGGUCAGGACAAAUAUUGCAGUGCCGAUGGGGUCAUACAAGGCAACGGAACGGACAACAAUCAUCCUGCUCAAAUUCGUACAGCCGAAACUCGACGACUGGCUUCAUCAUCUGAAAAGUGUAACAGUGCUGACGGUGUCAUCGAAACGAAAGCCCAUUCCAACAUAAUGACACGUUCAGCUGAGGAAAAAUCGGCGAGCGGUGAUGGAGUCAUCCAAACGCCAAACAAUAAACUCAUGUCCCGAUCGAUUGGUGACGCAGCGCUUAACAAUAAAUUCAGCACGCAUUCCCUUCCAAGGACUCAAGGUAGCCUGCAGAGUGUGCACCGAUUGUUGACAUUAUCGCGACCAUCGAGUCUCAGUCGCGAUGAUUCGACACUGAGUCCGUGCAUCGAACGGAAACAGAUCGAUGGUGGUGACGAAGAAAAUGAAUCACCUCCGAGUCCGCCGCCAAAACCACAACGCAAUCCAUCGAUUCUACGGAAUGAAAAUCACAAAGAGCUUCCCAUAGAAAAUGGUCCAUUGAAUCGAGUCGCUUCCUAUCACGCUAGUGGAUCUGAUUCGGGCAACGGAUCUGGUGAUUCGGCACAUAGUUCAGCGGCUGGAGAUGCACUAGAUGUUAGCCAGCAUCGUGGUGUUGUGAUAAAAAAUCCUCGCUUCAUACCGAAUUCAGCGUCGUCGGCUACGUUAAAGAGUUUUGCUGAGUUUGAUUGUCAGGCGGCCGAAGAAGCUUUGAUGGGAAUGAAUGUGGCAAACAUUGAAACGAUCUCACAAUUUGACUUGGAGAAUUUCCACACGUUACUCCUGCCGGCUAUUGAGAAUAAGCCACUGGACAAUGGGGCUUUGAAUACGUUCCGGAUGUUGUUGAGCGAAGCCGGUCCCAGAGUGCUGGCCAAUCAUUUGACGCGAGUGGACAUCAAGUUAAUUUUAGGCGAUCUAGAGAAUAAAAUGAAUUCGUUGGACUCUACGGGUAUUGAACUGAUCGGAUUAAGUCAUGGCGAAGCAUUUCGAAUCGAUUUGAUCGAACGAACGGAAUGUAUACGAUUGCUGGUGGCCGUUACGAUAUUAACUUGUCAGAGUGAUGACGAACGAGCUGAAACCUUGAACAAGUGGAUACAAGUGGCCAUCGAUACGAAAACAGCGUUGGGAAAUUUGUUUGGAUUUUGUGCGAUUAUGUUGGGCCUGUGUAUGCCUCAGAUUCAAAAAUUGGAGCCAACGUGGCACACACUUCGGCAAAAAUACACCGACAGUGCAUUCAAUUUCGAAGCGAAAUUACGGCCUACAUUGAAGAAUAUGAACGACUGCUCAAAUCCUCAAGCACCAAACACCACUGUGCCGCAUCUUCUUCCAUACGUACUGUUAAGAGAUCGAAAAAUCGAAGACAUUUUAGGCCUUACGCAACCAACAUCAACGUUAAUCACAUCGUGUCUCACACCGUGGGAAACCAGUGCGGCCGACUUUGGAUUAACGAUAAUGUUCGCUCAUUUAGACUCGAUCCGGAAUUUCCAUAAAAAUCUGUCAUUGUACCAACGAAACGCACAGACGAUCAUGUCCGACUCAAGUAGCCGACUCGAUGAACUGCUGGAAGAUGCUUUCAGAACUGAAUUUCACAUGAAAUUCUUGUGGGGCAGCAAAGGUGCUUUGGCAAAUGCCGUUGAUAGGCAUGCGAAACUGGAGCAAGUCUUAACAUUAAUGGCUGAGAAAUUUUGCCACAGUGAUCAUAUUGGAACGGCAGCUUAAAUAUUAAGAGUUGUUAGUAGCACGCGCGUGUUUCAUGGGUAAACUUAAACUGAUGAUCGAACUACUAGUCAAAGAAAUGUAAAAAAAAUCUAAAUUUUAGAUUCGGUUUGGGUGGGUUUGUGGGUGGAUUAUAUCUUCUCCUUACGAAUAUGCAACUUUCCGACUCCGUUGAUCACCUGAAUUUCUUUUCUGAUCGCCUCACUUUUCAUGCAUUUCAUAGAUCUGAUGCAAGAUCUUUUACAUCAAUUAGUUACUUCAAUAACAUGCAGUAACGAGGGCUCGUUGCUUAUUAUUUUUACCGUUAUUGGUAUGAGAUGAUCAGCCGUUUUAAAAGAAUUAAAGUAAAAUCAAGUUUUGUACCCAAAACUGAUGCGAAAUUUUAGAAUACAGCCGGAAAGAGUCAUUGCUGUGUGAGUCCCAAUUACUCAAAAACUGUUUUAAAAUUGGCGAAUCGGAGAGAUUGCUAUGAAGGUUUUUUUAAUAAUUAAUUGUUACAGUGACCCGAGUUUCACUUUCUCCAGUGUGGAAUAAAUGAAGAAUGCCCGAAUCGGAAUCUGGUACUUCACUUGUUCAUAGCAUCGUCAAUUGUUUGACUUAAAAUCUUAUACUUCAUUUGUUUUGGAAAACAUUUUGUUAUAAUAGCAGAGAAUACUGGUCAGUCGCUUAUUUUUUUUGUCGAGAUUGUGGAUAGCAGAUGCUUAUUUUUUCCUUAGAUACCGUUGAGGUCUGUGAGUAUGCUUUGAAAUUUGAAUUUAAAUUAAAUAAGUUGACGCUGCGAAAAGUGAACCUACCUGCCGUAGAACACAUACGAUCCCAAAACCGUCGUUCUUGUUUAGUCACCCGACUACAAUGUUUCAGCAUCAAAUUCACGGGACUUUUAUGGAAAGGUGAGUUUGGGUUCAGCAGAACGUAAUGUAGUCUUUAGGUACUUAAUGGAUGACGCGCCUUGGUCGAUUCGUUUUCUUGUGCGUUUUUGGCUUGACUAUGACUUAAAAUACUUAGCCCUUUUAUUAUGUUGUCACGAGUUUGGCUGAUUUUCUCAAUUUUUCACAAUGAGCUUGAACCUGCACCAAGAAAUUGAAUCUGACUUGUGUGUGAGCUACGUUGAACUCAUGUGAAAACUGAAGUAUAGAUCUGCCACACAUGCGACCCAUAAACGCUCUAAAUGUGUAUAAAGACAACAAGUAAAAAAUUUGGCGUAUAAAAUGCUUAUCAAUUGAAGUGUGACAACUUUUCCUUCAAUGGAUGCGUCAUCAGCUAUCUUUUUAUCACGAUCGGCUUCAUCUCGGAUUUACAGUCUCUCAGCUUAACAAAAACCACCUCAUUUCUUUCUAAUUUUGUAUUAAUGUAAGCUGUUAUAUCAUCUGUCAUCGACAACACCGACAAAAAUAAACGAUAAACUCUAGCUAACGUCGUCUUUAAAUACCAAAAUACAGUUGUAAAAAGAAUGAAGUGAAAGAUUUGAUUCCAAUAUGUCGAAAAAUCCACAAACCAAAAUCCCCGGAUUCGUUAACUAUUCCAACAACACGCUUAAAACGUCAAUAAAAAGAGGUUUGUUACAAAUAACUGUAAGCACGAAUUAACACUGGUCGAACGAACAUGAUUUCAUCCAUAGAGAUCGGUUUUCAUAUUAAAUGUUGAUGAGAUAAUGACUCUUAUUGUCAUGGAUGAAAUUUAGCAGUAAUUUGACAAUUCGUAUGGCCUUGGAAUAAACCAAUUAAUGCAUUUUCUGUUCGUGUUAAAAUUCACAUGAAAACUCUACUUUUCAUCCCUAGUCAUGUAAAAUACUAUUUAUCUACCUAGGUGAAA